AUGAUCGUGUCCAACGUGAGCCUGAGCGGCUGCGCAGGGGUCAACAGCGCUCUGUGCGCCGCAGCCGGGGAAGGGCACUUGGGGGGAGGCUCAUACCGGACCACCCUCACCCCGACGGGGCACCUGAUUGUGGCCGUGUGCCUUGGCUUCAUCGGCACUCUCGGACUUAUGAACAACCUGCUGGUGCUCGUGCUCUUCUGCCGCUACAAGAUGCUGCGGUCGCCCAUCAACCUGCUCCUGAUUAACAUUUCCAUCAGCGACCUGCUGGUGUGCGUACUGGGGACUCCGUUCAGCUUCGCCGCCAGCACGCAGGGACGGUGGCUCAUAGGAGACGGCGGAUGCGUGUGGUACGGAUUCGCCAACUCCCUCUUUGGCAUCGUUUCCCUGAUCUCCCUGGCUGUCCUCUCCUAUGAGCGCUACAGCACCAUGGUGGCCCCCACUGAGGCCGACUCCUCCAACUACCGGAAGAUCUCCCUGGGCAUCAUCCUCUCCUGGGUCUACUCCCUCAUCUGGACCCUGCCGCCACUCUUUGGCUGGAGCCAAUAUGGCCCAGAGGGACCCGGGACCACCUGCUCUGUCGACUGGACGGCCAAGACGGCGAAUAGCAUGUCUUACAUCAUCUGCCUGUUUGUCUUCUGCCUCAUCGUGCCAUUCCUGGUGAUCGUGUUCUGCUACGGGAAGCUGCUGUGCGCCAUCAGACAGGUGAGCGGGAUCAACGCGUCGAUGAGCAGAAAACGUGAGCAGCGUGUGUUAUUCAUGGUUGUGAUCAUGGUGAUCUGCUACCUGCUGUGCUGGCUGCCGUAUGGCAUCAUGGCCCUGCUGGCCACUUUCGGGCCGCCCGGCCUGGUCACACCCGUGGCGAGCAUCAUCCCCUCGAUCCUGGCCAAGACGAGUACGGUCAUCAACCCAGUCAUCUAUGUCUUCAUGAAUAAACAGUUUUACAGAUGUUUCCAAGCCCUGCUGCAUUGUGAGACUCCGCGACGAGGCUCCAGCUUAAAGAGCUCCUCCAAGGUCGCCACCAAAGCCGUAAGAGGUGUAGCAGUGACUGGUCCCCGCCGCACCAACGACUUCCUAUUUAUGGUAGCCUCCUUGGGUCAACCGGCAGCCACCAUCCCCCAACUGGACCCCUCAGUGGAACCCACCAUUGACGUCACCAAAGGCCCCUCUUCAGACAUCAACAAACCUGUUGUAGUAUCGCUAGUGGCCCACUUUGACGGCUGAUGAUCAGCUAUAACCACAAACUCCCAAACUCCCCAGCCAGGACGUCAUUAAUAAUGAGAGAGGUGGUGUUACUGAGGCUUGGAGAGUAACAGCCUGCGAGUCCAGGUGGAUUUUACGCGGCUGUUGCAUCAGCUUCACCCCAGCUAGUAGACAUGAUGGACCAGUAACAAAGGCUUGGACUGCCUCUGGACAAUAUAAACCUGCAAGAGCUGGGCAUGUGUGUUUCUCUGCAGAGAAAAAGUAUACAUCUGUCUUGCAAGGGACAAGCAUUUAAAUGAUGUUCUUAUCACAAUUUUGGGAGAAAGCACUGUUGGAUAAGAUCAACCGUCAGAAAUGUGCUCAGAGUGCAGGAGGAGGGAUAAGAUAUAUUUUUUAUUGAUUAGUUACUGGCUGUGGUUACAAAGUGAGGUUUAAGAACAUAAGUUGUUUAUC